CGAUCAGUGCGCGAGAGUGCGUCGUCGAGAGAAGGUGCCACAGCGAAAAGAAUUCCCCAAAAGAAAAAGCAAUCCGUGCACCAACGGGAAAACUGUAGCCAAGUGAAAGUGUGAGGAGAUAUUAAUAGAAAGUCUGUGCCAGCACCACAUAUAUCUGUAUAUAUAGAGGAUAUAUAUAUAUAGAAAGAACCCGAGAGAUACAAAGAGGGAACAGCAGUAAGCAGCAGCAGCAGCAGCACAGAAUGACGGAUGUGCCAGAGCCCGUGCGCAAGUGCGCCAACCUGUUGAAGGGCACAAAAAGCGAUACGGAGAAGUUCGCGGUGCUCUUUAUGGUCACGAAGCUGGUGAAGGGCAGGGACGCCAAUGCCGAGGGCAAGAAGCUGCUCUUCGAGGCCAUUGGCUUCCCCUUCCUCAAGAAGCUGCUCGUUUCCAAGGAUCUGCCCAAUGACUGCCCCCCUUUGGUGUACAAGAGCGUCGCUCUGUCGAUCCUCACGUGCUUCUGCCAGGAGGAGGAGCUGGCCACGCACAAGGACAUCAUUGCUGCCAUACCCACACUGCUGGAGAUUGUCGAGCAGGCCGACGACGAGGACUACGAGGACAAUCUGAUUGUCGUGAGUGAGGCCUACAGCUGCCUGAAGAGUAUCGCCAGCCAUGCGCCCGGACAGCAGGCGCUCCUGGCCACCGGCGCCAUCCCCAAGAUGUCGCAGAUCUACUCGGCCCAGAGCUUCCAGACGGACGAGGCCCUGCAUCUGAUUGUGCAGCUGGUGAACAAGUUUGGAGUGCUCUCCUGGCCAGAGGAUCCCACGGCUUUCCAUGCCCUGAUCCAGCGCAUUGCCCUGGACAUGGAGACGGAUCACACGGACAGAAAGUACGAGCUGUGCCGGAUUCUGGCCGACAUCCUCAUCACCUGUCGCAAGGAGGUCGUGAACAACUCACUGGACGGCCAGAUUUGGCCGGAGAGCUUGUUCAAGGGCUGCGGUGAUAUUCUCAAGGCCAAGAUAGGGCCCAAGCAGCGUGAUCCGGCCCUGCAUCUGAUUGCCACCACCCUGCAGGUGCUGGGCAUCCAGUGGGCCUUCAUGGACGAGCAAAAGCAGUUCUUCCUGUCGCUACUGCAGCUGGCAGCCAUCGAGGUGCGCAUGCAGAUGGACGAGAAGAAGCUGGAGACGACCUUCAAGCAGGCCGAGCUGCUCACCUGCUGCUUCGUGAUCCUCGAGCAGUGCAUCGAGUACAUGGCCACCGAUCAGCUGGACCUGGAGCCCAAGGAGAAGCAGACCACGUACACGGCGCUCAAGGGAGCCUUCAAUCAGGUGAUGGCCGUCCUCACGCGUGUCAGCAAUGACAAGAUCCGCGAGAGCACAAAUCCCCGCGACAAGAACUUCAUUUUCGCCAUCGUACGGAUCCUGUCCGCCUGGCUGGCCCAGGAAACCACAGCCAUGCGUCCGGCCAUCUACAAGCUGCUGCCCUUCAUGCUGAAGGUGGCCAAUGAGUCGUUCCAUGACCUGAAGACCUGGCGUACCGGCUCCCGGGAGGGAGAGGAGCCCAUCGAUGUGCUGAGGAUCAUGAUGCCCGCCCUCUGUCACUUUGCCGUGGAGGAUGAGGCACGUCGUGUGCUGUUCACACACAAGCAGGAUGAGAUUCUGCUGGAGGCCCUGGAGUUCUACUUCAGCAUUGCCCACUGGAAGCGUCCCCCAAUUCCGAGGGCCGAGCGCUUGGCGCGCAUGAACGAGCCGGAUCCUGUGCCCACGCUGGAGCAGAAGGCCGAGAUGAAGGUGGCCAGAGGUGCCAUCGUGUCGCUCUGCAACAUCCUGAUGAACUUUACAGUGCUGGAGCCAAAGCGUGCCGAGGAUGGUGCCACCUUUGUCAAUCUGUUGAAGUUUGUGGUCGAGAAUUUGCCAGAAUUGAAGGAUACUCCCGAUAAUCUGGUUAUCCACGGCAACCUGGCUGUUCUUGGACUGCUUCUGCUCAAGCAGCAGUCAAAGAAGGUGAAGCAGAAUGAUUUCUCAAUCUGUCGCUACAUCCAGGCCACCAUUCGCUUCCUCUGGGACGCGUACAACAUCGACGAGAGCAACGAUCCCACGGCCCUCGUGGUGUCCAUUGCCUACAAGGGCAACUGGUCGGAUCUCUCGGAGUUAUGGUUCCUGGGAAUGCAGACCAUGUGCGGUGUCCUGCCGCUGGUGCCGUGGCUCUCUGAGUUCGCUCUGGAGUCCGGCUGGGCUGAGGGCAUUGUGAAGACGCUGAAGAAGGUGAAGAUUGGCACACUGCCGGCGAAUGUGAAGUCCGCCUACGAGGACUUCCUCUCGCAGCUGGUGGAUGUGAAUGGCGAUGUGCAGGAGGUGCUCAAGAAGGCGGAUGCUCUGCGCGUCUGUCGCAAUCACAGGAUGAUGGAUUUGGGCAAGAAGCUCUUCGGCGACUGAUGGAUUGAUGGAGAAAGCGUUACAGUGAGAGUGAGAGUGGGAGAGAAACCCUUUUCUAGAGGCAUUUUUUGUGUGUGAUGAUGUGCGAAAAAUGGCAAAUAUUUUGUAUGGAUUUUAUUCUAUUUUGUAUGCUCUAUUUUAAUAAUUAAACACUUUUAAGAAAACUCAACAACGAAC